AUGGAAUUUAUCUAUGGAGGCCCACAGAGCUUGAUCUUGUCCCCCAUGCUGUUUAACACCUACAUGGAACCACCAGGAAAGAUUGUCUCGGGAUCUGGAUUUGGGGGUUCACAGCUUGAGGGUGCUGCUAGUCGCUGGCCUACAGCUAAAAGCUCAGAUCUUGACCGGAUCGCUUCUCAGAUGGCCCCAAAAGUGAUUCCAGGAUUCCUUUUCAGAACAUCCAUCCUCAUAAUAAUGCUUUUGUCGUACACCGGUGCAGAUGUAGGGCUGACCAUUAACGCUAACACCGCUGACUACAAGCUGCCUACAAGGCCAGGCCUAAUGCAGUCCCUCUGGUGCGCUGUACAGAAUCACAGCCAUGAGGAGGAGUUGCUGUGGCUCCGGCAGGACGGGACGGUUGACCUGAAAGAUGGAAACCGAGUGAACGCCAGCAAUAUCUGCAUCUCCCCUGUCACUAUGGAUGACAAUGGGGUUUCCUUUACCUGCAAGCUGGCCCGGGAUGAGUCCAUUCAGAUCUCCGUGGUACUGGAUGUCAUGUUCCCUCCUACCCUAAGUGGAGAAGAUCCUUCCUCAAUAUUCGAAGAAAAUGAUGUGACACUCAGCUGCCACGUGAAGGCUAACCCUCCAGCUCAGAUGGUUUGGUAUAAAGACAACAGCACCUUGGUUUUGGAACCUGCCCGUCACCGAAUUUCCCAGACCACCGAGCUCUUUCAGCUGACGAUCGAGAGAGUCCAGGAAUCUGAUGGUGGGCUGUAUACUUGCGAGGCCAUAUCUGCCCUGGGAACAGCACAGAUAGAUUUUCACUUGACUGUCGAAGCCGGAAGACUUGCCUUUCCAAUGGAGGCAGUCAUUGCUGCAGCAGUGGUGGUCGCGCUCACUAUCUUCUUUGCUAUUGUGGCUCGACGAGAAGCAAUACUUAAGUGCUUCAGAAGGGCAAACGAAUCGCCAAGCAACACAGCACUGUAGAAGAAGAA